CCCUGGAGGGGGCCCAGUAGCCCGGGAAAGCCAGGUGGCAGAGGUGACCUUGGAAGUGGACAAACACGGUUACCUGUCUGUGGCCGCCGAGAUGUUGGUCACUACCGAGAAGCGGCGCUUCAAUGUUGGCAAUGUGGGCUACGUGGUCCCCAAGCGCCUCAAGAAGAACCUGCAAGACCCUUGCCCGCUAGAGGAAAAGGAGAAGGCCAAGAUCACCCAAGCUAACGAGAGCGAGGAAGACCUGCUGAUCACCGACAAGCUGUUUCGCGUCCUGGACCUGCUGCACCGCAAGAAGAACGGCAAGCCUCUCUUUCCCCCCGCCUAGAAGAAAUAAGCCGCUCUUUGGCCCCGCCUAGGAGGAAUCGCACGAC